GUGACUGUUAAUGGUGAAAGGGUUCAUAUCCCCUAUUCGAGCAGUUUGUUUGAAGUCACUGUCUAUGGAGCAAUAAUGCAUGAAAUCAAGCUCUCCCAUCUUGGACAUAAUCUCACAUUUACUCCAAGAAACAAUGAAUUUAUUCUUAAACUUAAUUCAAAGAGCUUUUCUUCAGGAACACAAGGGCUUUGUGGGGUGUGUGACCAGAACCACGUCAAUGACCUCACGCUCCGUGACGGCUCUGUCACUCCUGACAGCAGCCUGUUCAUCCGAAACUGGACCGUGGAGGAGCCAGGGAAGAUCUGUGAAAUCCGGAGAGAAGAGAGAUGCUCAGAGCACGCAGCCAGCCACUGCCACCUCCUGCUCUCCCAUCAGUUUGCAGACUGCCACAGGGUAAUCUCCCCAGACGUCUUCUACGAGGCUUGUGCAGAGAGCAGCUGCUACGAGGAUGAAGCCUGCGAGAUGAUCAAUUCCUACGCUCACAUCUGCAGGGAAAACGGGGUCUGCAUCGACUGGAGAACACCCCAGUUCUGUCCAAUGAAAUGUCCCACAUAUUUGACAUACGAUCACUGCCACAAAGCCUGCAUAAAGUACUGUGAGAAUAGUACCAAACUCAGUGUCUGCAAGGAUUAUCCCACAGAAGGCUGCUUCUGUCCAGACGGACAGGUGAUUUUUAAUGACAGCUGUGUUGAUGAAGAAGUCUGCACACAAUGCAUCAGUGAAGAUGGCACACCCCAUCAGCACAUGGAAACAUGGAUUCCUGCCAACGAGCCUUGCAAGAUCUGCACUUGUCUUGAUAACAAGAAAAUAAGCUGCAUGGUCCGACCUUGCCCUACUGCCAAACCUGUUCAGUGUGGUCCCUGUGAAGUCCCUCGUCUGCACAGGGACUCUGGCCAGUGCUGCCCUGAGUACGAGUGUGUCUGUGAUCUGGUUUCCUGUGAUUUGCCUCCUGCCCUUGCCUGUGAGUUUGGCCAGCAGCUUACUCUGACCAACCCUGGGGAAUGCAGACCAAACUACACAUGUGCAUGUAACAAAGAAGCGUGCAGCUUAGUUCCAAGACCCUCCUGCCCGCCCCAUCGAGAGCUGACUGUUAAGAAGACCGAGUGCUGUGAUAGAUAUGAGUGUACCUGCAGCUGUACCAACUCAACUGUGAGCUGCCCUCUGGGUUAUCUGUCCAGAUCUUCCACCAAUGACUGUGGCUGUGUAUCCACCACCUGUGUUCCAGGCAGGGUGUGUGUGCACAACAACAUAGUCUACCCCGUUGGGACAACGUGGGAAGAUGGCUGCAAGGAGUGCUCUUGCACUGGUGUGAGGGAUGAUGUUACAGGACUGCAGAUGAUGGAGUGCCACAACAAAGCCUGUAACACGAUUUGCUCUCGGGGUUACAAGUAUAUUGUCCAAGAAGGAGAAUGCUGUGGGAGAUGCCAGAAGACUGCAUGUGAGGAGCAGCUCUUCUGGUCUCGGGGUGAUGCAGAUUCUCGUUUGCAUGAG